AGAAGAGCCAAGAGGAAGGGGAUAUAUUCAGUGUUGCACCAUUUAAAACGCAGAGGCUUCCAGGCUCCCUGCUCUGAUUCCCUUCCCCAAGGAACACAGGAGUUCCAGGUCACUCUAAGGUCACUAUGAGUUCACUUAGUGAAGCGAACAACAACUUCACCCUUGAUCUGUUUCAAAGGUUAAGAAAAUCAGAAGGCAAUGUCUUCUUCUCCCCCAUCAGCAUCUCAGCAGCAUUAGCAAUGGUCUACUUAGGGGCCAGAGGAAGCACUGCACAAGAAAUUGAGAAGGUCCUUCACUUCAAUGAAAUCACAACAAAGUCAACAGAAAAAACUAAAACUGCUCGUGUGGAAGAAUCAAGAAGUGUGCAUCACCAAUUUCAAAAGCUUCUUACUGAACUGAAUAAACCCAGUGAUACAUAUGAACUGAAGAGUGCCAACAAGGUCUACAAAGAAAAGAGUUUCCAAUUUCUUCAGGAAUAUAUAGAUGAUGUUAAGAAAUUUUACCUAGCUGAUGUGGAAUCUGUUGAUUUUGUAAAUGCUGCAGAAGAAAGUCGGAGGAAGAUCAACGCCUGGGUGGAAAAACAGACGCAUGAAAAGAUCAAGGACAUAUUUCCCAAUGGGACUCUCCAGAGGAAUACCCAACUGGUUCUGGUGAAUGCAAUCUAUUUCAAAGGGCAAUGGGAUCUGAAAUUUAAGGAAGGAAAUACCAUAGAAGAAAAAUUUUGGCUGAACAAGGAUAGUAGCAAAUCUGUGAAGAUGAUGAAACAAAACAAUCAUCUAAAAUUUGCCACUUUGGAAGAUGUACAGGCUAAGGUUCUAGAAAUACCUUAUAAAGGCAAAGCUCUGAGCAUGGUUGUACUGCUGCCAGAUGAAGUAGAUGGCCUGCAUAAGCUUGAAGAUGAGCUCACUGGUGAGAAAUUAAUGAAGUGGACAAGCCCACAGAAUAUGAAAACGGUAAAUGUGCAUUUACAGUUCCCUAGGUUCAAAGUGGAAGGGAGCUAUGACCUCCAGGCCAUAUUGGAAGACCUGGGAAUAGUAAAAGCCUUCAGUCCAAAGGAUGCUGACUUUUCAGGCAUGACCAGAGACAGGGAUUUAGUAGUGUCUAAGGUCAAGCACAAGUCCUUUGUGGAGGUUAAUGAAGAAGGGACAGAAGCUGCAGCUGCUACUGGCAUUGGAGCGAUUGUAACUUCUGCACCGAUAUAUGAAAACUUCCAUUGUAAUCACCCUUUCUUAUUUCUCAUCAAAGAAAAUGAAAACAAUAGAAUCCUCUUCAUUGGCAGAUGCUCUUCCCCUUAAACAUCAUUACUCUGUCACUCUUUGGGGGAAAAGUUCACAGACUUGUUUCAAUAAACUGAUGGCUGCAAGCAA